AUGCGCGCGGAGGAGGGCGAGCAUCGCGGGGGGGGGGUCGGCGAUGUCGGUUCGUUCGCUCGACGCGUACGAGUCGUGCACGAACGAAACGCGUUCAUCACGCUGCCUCCAGAUAUCGUCUCGGCGGUGCUCCGGUCGAGAGACGCCGGCGGCGAGUAUCCGCGACACGUCGUCUUGGAGUUUCGGGACGAAAAUUCACGCGGAAAGCCGCGCGUAGUGCACUGCGCGUGGGCUGGUGGUGUCACGUCUGGGGGGGAGACGACUCGCGAGAUCGGCGUCCCACACGCGUUGGCCGAGUUGCUCGACAUCCAGGACGGAGACGACGCGCGUCUCACGUUCGGCGCGCCCUCGGAGUCCGCGACGGCGGAGAGCGUGACGGUUUCACCGCUCUCCGCGGAUGAUUGGGAAGCGGUUCUGGGUCAGGCUGAGGCGAUGGAGGCGACGCUUUUGUCACAAAUCGGGCUCGCGGCGCUCGGUCAGGCGGUUCCUUUCUACGCUCCUGGAGGUGGAAAGCCGCUCUCUUUACGAGUUCUUUCAAUCAAUCCCUCAGAUGUCGCGGUGGUGCGGUUAGCGCCGGACACAGAGCUCAUCGUUGAACCGUGGUCAAAGGGUGAGGCGGACGACGUGGACGACUUGGAAGAGUACUUGAAGGAUGGUAUAGAUUUACGCGAAUGGUUGAAGAAUUACGACGAGACGAAGACGUCAACGGCGCUGCGCUUGCAAAAUCCCACGGGGAGAUGCGCCGAGCUGUUGCACAAAAGACUUCGGGAUAUCUCUUACGAUGCACGCGAGGUGGGACGUUUCGAGCAAGCCUUGGAGGUGCCGGUGACUACCUCCAUUGCCGUGUCUGCAGCAACCGCGAAGGAGCACAAGAUGCGUCACGGCUCUCUCGUGCGCGUCUUCAAAUAUUCGUUUGAACGCGAGUUUGACUUGACAAGAACGGAUGAAGACAUCCCCUCACUCUUCUUGCAAGUAUUCGUGGUGGAAGAAGAAGACGUUAUCGCUCCCAAGCACGUCGCUAUGUCGCAAUCGGCGGCUCGCUCGCUCGCCCUAUUUCAGGGUGACUACGUGCGGAUCAAGGAGUGUGACGAAGCAAAUGUCAGGGAGCCGACAACCUUCACCGCUCGCUUGAGGCCGUUGUUGCCACCUUUGCCGUUGGAUUCCAUGGAGGAGCGCGCGCCAGCAGCGGACAUCUUCACAAAAAGACGAACGCUGCUAUCCAUCGCCAACGCGCUGGGGCCGGCGUACACCGUGGUCCUCGGUUUCAAUGCGGCGGGCAUCGAUGUCGACAGCAAGAUGACGACCAAGUUCUUAGACGACAGCGCGCGAGCACUCUUCGUGUCUUGGAUGCGCGAACAGUCGUCGAUGCACGAUUCAAAGUCGGUCAUCUUGAGCUCCAAGACUCCGGUGACGUUCAAAUUGCCCAACUCUGGUCUGCACUCGGUUUUCGAAUUGGAGCUCAAGUAUCCAUCGUCCGCGCAGGUUGAGAGUCCGGAUAAGCCAGCGCGAGUGAGCCUGAAGAGUGUCGUCGAUGGACAAGUCCAAAUUGAACUCGGCGCGCCGAUACGCUUACCUCGAAAAUCGCCAGAGAGGAAUCCAGCUCCAGGCGUCACGGUGUGGCCGCGAAUCGCGGACGACGGUGAGUUCGCGCACAUUCCCGGCGCUGCGCUGCGUGAAUGCACGGAUGAAGCACUCAAACAACUCAAGGUAAGUUUGUGGUUUGACGCGAUCAAGAUGCACGAUGAUUACGGCAUUGGUAUGUGCCCUGGAAUCCUCGUCACGGGCGCGAAGGGUCGAGGACGUUCGAGACUGGUCAAGUCACUGUGUAAGCAGCUCGCUGAGGACAUGAAAGCACUCAGCUGUGUCGUCGAGAUUGACUGCGCUAACCUUCCAAAACCGCACAUCAAAACUUUGGAGGCGAUUCGCGCCGGGUUCAAGGCUGCGGACGAGCGACGGCCAUCGAUUUGCUAUCUACUAAACCUAGAGCAGGCGUGUCCAGCGGGUGGUGAAGAGGGUGAGAAAGCAGACGACAAUUACCACUUGUCUUGUCUCGUCGCAGAGGAGAUGAUAGAGCUCUCCGAUGCGGAUUCUGUGUUUUUCAUUGCAACAACGAGUGAACGAGAGGCAUUGUGUGAGCCUCUUCGUGAAAAAGACGUCUUUGAUUACGAGUUCGAAGUUCGCAAACCUAACAUGGACGCGAGAAGAGACGUUCUGUUAUCUUACGCGGCGCAUCGCGAGGUGCUGUUACACGAAGAAGACGCUGACGCGUUUUCGCAGUGCACUGAUGGUUACGAUGUUGGCGAUUUGCGCGUCAUGAUUGAUAGAGCGAUGAAUACUGUGAUGGAACGUGAGCCGGAAGGCGUGAAACGUGAGUCGCUUCGGAUCACGCACGCGGACCUGACGACCGCGGCGAAAGGAUAUGUCCCCAUCGACCAAGCGGCGUUGGCGAAAUCGGAUGGCCCUCGAGGAGAGGGCGUUGAUAACUACACCGAAGGUUUCGAUCAUAUCGGCGGCUUCGAUGACAUCAAAGCUAUUCUGGACGAAGCGAUGGCACUUCCAGCGCGAUAUCCAAAGAUUUUUGCUCAAUGCCCGUUGCGUCUGCCUUCGGGCGUUCUCUUGUACGGUGCUCCGGGGAGCGGCAAAUCGGCGCUCGCGAAAGCGGCAAUCGUAAAUGCUGGUCUACGUUCCAUCACGAUCAAAGGUCCCGAGUUGUUCAGCAAGUAUUACGGCGAGAGCGAAGCUGAGCUGAGAAGACUGUUCCGUCGCGCACAGGACGCUGCACCGUGCGCACUGUUCUUCGACGAAUUCGAGUCGCUCGUUCCACGGCGAGGAAGUUCCGACGGAGGCGUCACCGACCGCAUGGUAAAUCAAUUCCUAACCCUUCUUGAUGGCGUGGAUUCGCUCGUUGGCGUGUUUGUCAUCUGCGCGACGAGUCGACCAGACGUUGUCGAUCCGGCGUUGUUGCGUCCAGGGCGACUCGACCACGUGCUGUACCUGCCGAUGCCCGAUGCGAGUCACCGCGAGGCAAUCAUGGAGUGCGUGCUACGUACUCGAAACGUAAAGUGCGGUCCAGGGGUCGAUCUCGUCGCCAUGGCUCGCGACAUGGAAGGCUACUCCGGGGCUGAUAUCGACGCUUUCGUGAGCGAGUGCGAAAACGUCGCGUCGCGUCGCAUCAUCAAAUCUUUUCUAGCGGAAAGCGAACUUGACAAAGAGGCGCAAGCGCCGACGGAGCCACCGCCAAUCGAGGUGACCGAUAUCAAAGAGGCGAAAAAGACGGCAGGGAAGCCGUCUCUGUCUAAAGAGACGAUUCGCUACUUUGAAGGCAUACACGGUGAGUUUCGGAAAAGUCGAGAGCCGAACGCGAUAAUUCAAGGUGACGUCGCGACGAAACAAACGUACGCCGGCUUGUAG